UAACAUUAGGACUGAAGUGAAUUGUAGAAAGAAAUGCAGUUGUGGACUUGAGCAAAAGAGGCAUGAGAGUAAAUAUCCAGAGAGAACAGCUUCUGCAAAAGGGGAAGGGGGGACCAGUAAAAGGCACGCUAAAUGACACAGAGAACAAGAGACUCUUGAGAGCAAGGGAGAGAACCAAUACGGUACGACGGAAAGAGACACUGGGUAAAGAGGGAGAGGGAGAGAGAGAAAUAAAGAGUAGGAGAUCCCUGCGAGAGAGAUGCAGAGAGAGAGAGAGAGAGAGAGGCUGCAUGUGAGGAGGAUCGUGAGGAGUCAAAGCAGAAAAGCAUUCAGCUCCUGAUCACCACCACCGAAGGCGACUCAACAACUUAACGACACUCUUCUGGAAACCCGAGAAACCACAUGAAACCUCUUCAGCCUGCUGAUGAUUUCCAGAGAGACGAGGGCUUUCUCUCUUCCUCCUCCUCCUGUUUUUUUUCUGAAAGUGGCAAGACACGGAAACACACCAAGAGGCAAAGAUGAAGAUAACUGAAGACAUGUGAAUGAAAAUCAAUUUGGCGUUUGGAUGUUUCCAGUGACUGGACCACUUUGUUUGUUCGUCCCACGUGGCACACAUUGAAGGCAUUGUCCAGACGGCAGUAAUCCUGAGGCACUUGUUUCUGGCGUUACCAAAGCCGGCGCCAUGAAUCUACGAGGAGGCAACGUGUCGGAGUUGAUCUCUAACACGGUCAGAGCAACUCUGGAGUCUAACCCAUGGCCUCCUCAAGGAGUUGAGGAAACCACCUUCAGGAUCAAUAAUGCCACAAACCCGGUGUGCCAUGGGAACAGCGCAGUCCGUAAUGGAGUCGAAACGCAGCUGGGGAACUGGUCGUACCGCAGCACCGGGUCCUCUCAGUGUCCUCCCUCUGAGCCGCCGGGGGAGAAGAACUGGGCGGCGCUGUUAAUUUUAGCCGCCAUCGCUGUCACGGUCAUGGGCAACAUCCUGGUGAUCCUGGCGGUGUCGCUGGAGAAGAAGCUGCAGAACGCCACAAACUAUUUCCUGAUGUCACUGGCAGUCGCCGACAUGCUCCUAGGCAUCUUGGUCAUGCCGGUUUCCAUGGUGACCAUUCUCUACGAUUAUGACUGGCCCCUGCCGUCCGAUCUUUGCCCCAUCUGGAUCUACCUGGAUGUCCUGUUCUCCACAGCGUCCAUAAUGCACCUCUGUGCUAUUUCUCUGGAUCGAUACAUUGCCAUACGAAACCCCAUCCACCACAGCCGCUUCAACUCCCACACCAAGGCCCGCGUCAAGAUCAUGGCAGUGUGGACCAUUUCUGCGGGGAUCUCGAUGCCAAUACCCGUGUUGGGGCUCAGAGACUACUCCAAGGUCUUCAAAGACGGCAGCUGCCUGCUGACGGAUAACAACUUUGUGCUGGUGGGCUCCUUUGUGGCCUUCUUCGUGCCCCUCACAAUCAUGGUCGUCACCUACUUCCUGACCAUCAAUGCCCUGCAGAACGAGGCCACUCUCUGCUUGGACCAACUGGUGCCGCGACCCAAAUGGAGCACGACGUUCACCUUGAGCUUCUUGCCACAGACCUCGUUGUCCUCGGAGAAACUCUUCCGGCGCUCAAUAAGCCGCGAGGCUGGGGGCAGAGGAAGCAGCGGUGGACUAGGCACGGCACGUGGUAGUGUCUCCGGCUCACUGUUUGGGCGCCGCACCAUGCAGUCGAUCAGCAAUGAGCAGAAGGCAUCCAAGGUCCUUGGGGUGGUGUUUUUUCUCUUCGUUGUAAUGUGGUGCCCAUUUUUCAUUACCAACGUGUUGGUGGUUGUGUGCGACCCGGCCGUGUGUGACGCAGCAGUCAUGGGAGGACUCCUGAAUGUUUUUGUCUGGGUUGGAUACUUGUCGUCUGCAGUCAAUCCGCUGGUCUACACACUAUUCAAUAAAACAUACCGCGCAGCAUUCCUGCGAUAUGUCCGCUGCCAGUACCAGCCGGAGAAGAAACCGCUGCAGCUCAUACUAGUGAACACUAUUCCACCGCUAGCUUACAACUCCACGCAGCUACCUCUCUGCGAAGUUGGAAAGUUACGAAAUGGGGUGGUGCCCUCUUGUGAAGAGGUGAAGGAAUUCUCUUCACCUGGGCAGGAAAAAGGGUGCAGACAGCACAAAAGCCACGGAGACAAAGAUGAGAGCUGUGUGUAAGAAACUGAUCCAAAAUGUCAAAACCUUUCACCUCUCUGGUCACACUGUUGGUGCGGGCAAAGAGUUUGAGAAUUAAAGUGCCAAAGACAAAGUGCCUCAGAGUCCGAAUUUUAUAAAAUACUAAGGUAAUCAGUUCUCCUGCCUGGGAAGCAAAUUGAAAAUAUAGUACAAGCCUUUGUACUCCCAAUUGCAAUUCUAGUCACCCCAUCGAUUCAGCUACCGGCUCAUCCACUGGGUCUGAAUCAGCUGAAUGAAAACACUUUUUGAAAACACCAUUUACCGAAAAAUAAUAUAAAUAAGCAUUUAUUACUUGGAUUAAAACCCAUGGUUUUGGUCUCAUAGCUCCUUCUGCACACUGCCAGAAAAUUAAACUGUCUUGGAAAACAUAUCAUUUUCUUUUUAACCUAACAAUAUUAAAAAAUAUGUUGAACCUGUCGACACAUUGUCAAUACUAUUUACACAUGGCAGCAACAAAAAGUGAUAUAUUUCGUAACAGCACUAUCGGAGAAAUUUACCAUGCGUGCGCAGCUGCUGUGACCUCAGCUACGCUUUCAUUCUGCCAGCUUCUUGGCAUCAGUCAGCUGGCUUCUACCUCCCUUCCAUACCUUUGGGUGGAUCAGCAUGGAUUAAACUGGAUUUUCUGCCCCCUUAACAGAUGAUAGUCCUGGGGAGGGAGAUCCGGGAUGAGCCUGACUCAUCGAGAAUACAGACACUUGCAGAGGCCAGAUAAAGCUGCCAAAAAAAAGUGGAAGAAUAUCCUCCCACUUCUGGUAUUUUCUGCUGAAAAUAACAAUGGAGGAGAGCAGAUGCAGGGAUGUUAAAGAGAGACAAAGUAAACAAAUCUAUAUUUGAAUUUUGUGCAGAUAUAUGUGAAUAAGUGUAUAUGACUGCUGAGGUUGAAAACAGUUUAGUCACAACUGAGACGAUUGUACCUGAUAUGAUGCAGUAUGAUAACUGUAAAACAAAAUGACAUAGGGUGGAAAUGAAGAGGAUAUAAGUACACAGUUAUCGGUGUAAAAGUCCAAAUUUUUAUUGUGUUCCAGAUAAAUGAUCAGUACAUAACAACACGUGUUUUCCCAGGUGACCUGUCCAGAAACAUAAUGCUGUUUCUGUGAUCUUUACCAAUGGUGACAAAUGGUCUGGUGCUUGGCUGACAUAUGGUCAAUUAUCUUAAAACCUGUUAAUACAGAGAAUACAGAAGGCGAAUCAGUGCACAAAGGGUCAUCUCGUAGCAUGGAUUUCAGACCAGAACUGUACACUCAACACUUGUCGUAUGCUUGUUCUCAAGGCUUUACAAUGUGCAAACAGGCCUGUUAAUAUGACAUGGACUGUCAAUUCAUUGACUGUUGAAUUUGUGUCAUUUAACGCUGCCCUGUGGAGUAUUUGACAAGUUGUAAUUGCAUACAGGUUUUUAAAUGUGUUUUCAACUUUGCUUUUUACCGCCCUUUCAGACACAUCGCAACGUUUGUUGGAAAGUGUGAAACCAGCAAAGAGAUGUGAAACACAAUGUUGUAACACCAAAGAUCACAGUACUUUCAGCUACUUUUGUGUUACUUUACAUAAGCAGUUAGUGGUUAAAAACUCCAUAGGGCACCUUUAAGCGGGUCGCUGUCUUUUAAUAUUUCACCCCACCAAUGUUGCUUGGUAUUCAUUUGGAUUAUGGACCUGGAGAUGUGCAGUGCCACUGUAGUAAAUAAGAUAAAAGGCAGUGUCAUCGGCAAAGAAAAAUGAUAAAAAGUAAAUUAAAGUCCAACAUUGGCAGUGUUGUCUGCCAAUAAACAAUCCUGAUUUAUUGAAUACAUAUUUCCUGUGUGUGUAUUUGUUGUUGCUAUGUUGUUGACCUCAAUAAAAAUGACAGGGUUUUUAUACACAAA